UUAGUGCAAAGGGCUGUACCGUUGGCGUCGCGACUGAAGGGAAUGCCGGAAUGGUGUGAACUGAAAUAGCAUGAGUUGUACAUGAAUGGUGUGGUGGUCACAUUCUGGGACAUCUUCUGAUAUUUUUCUGUUGUGAGAGUCGGUCCUUCCUUAGACAUGAAGUCGUCAAGGUUUACUACCAUGUCUCCUUCCGAACUCAAAGCUAAAUCAGGGAAGUAUUUUGGAGUUCAUGGACGGUUUUGUUCGUCGCACCCUUGGGAAGUCAUUGUAACUACCGUAACUUUGACUGUUUGUGUCCUGUCUAUGAGUAUUUUAAGUGGAGGAAAACUUGGUGUUGUGUGUGGUAUGAACAAACCGUGUCAAAAGAAAUCCCCUGAAGAAGAGAAAGCGGACUCAUUUUUGAUGAUUAUUGUCAACAGUUUGGCUGUGCUUUAUCUCUAUAAUCAAUUUAGUAAUCUUCGUAAAGUUGGAUCAAAAUACUUAUUGGGCAUUGCUGCUAUAUUCACCAUAUUUGCUAGCUUUGUGUUUGGUAGUGGCAUUGUAUAUUUUGUUGAUUCUUCAGCAGCUGGAUUGAGUGAAGCUCUUCCAUUCUUCUUAUUGUUAAUUGAUUUAUCUAAAGCUACUGCAUUAGCUGAAUUUGCUUCAGUUUCUUCCAACAGAGAUGAAGUAAGAAACAACAUAGCCAAUGGAAUGGCUGUUCUGGGUCCUAGUUUUUCACUUGAUACUUUAGUUGAAGUUUUAAUUAUUAGCAUUGGAACAAUUUCAGGUGUUCGUCAGUUGGAGACAGUUUGUUACUUUGGCUGCAUGUCACUCAUAGCCAAUUAUCUUGUUUUCAUGACCUUUUUCCCUGCUGCAUUGGCUCUCAUUUUGGAAGUGUGCCCACAUAACCCUGCUAAUAAGACGUGGCAUAUUGAUAAAUUAGCUAGAGCCAUGCAGGAAGGGGAAAACAGAAAGAAACCAAACCCUGUUGUUCAGCGUGUCAAAAUCAUUAUGGCACUAGGACUGGUAGUUGUCCACAUUCACAGUCGAUUUCUGUCACAAGUAACUGGUAUGUCAUUUUAUUUGUCAACGGCACCUGCUCUUGUGGAAUCGGAAGGAAGUUACCAGGAGACAGAGCGUGUUCCAUUGCAUGAUUAUUUAUGGUGGAAAGCAUUUCAUCUUUCAGCUGAUCAAUUAGUUACUGUAGGGUUAGGUAUUGUUUUGCUUCUCAAGUAUACCUUUUACGAUAAAACGAACACAAUAUCUUCAUCCCAAUUUGGCUCAAAACAAAUGACUUCUUCAACUGUUGGUAUUCCUUCUGUUGAUGGAGAUAUAACAACAGCAUAUUUUCGUAAGAGAAGUAUCACUAUAAACUGUAAUUCGAAGGAAAGUCAUGGUGGCAUGUGUGAUGACUCUGGUAUUGAAGAAUGUGCAGAUAAAGGAAAUGAUAGCUGUUCUGUUAGCAGUGCUGUAUCUGUGUCAGUUCAAACUGAAGAAAGUCAUAGCAAUUUUUUUAUUAGCAAUUCACCUGAAGCAGAAGACUCUAAUAAUGCAGAAAUAUCUUCUGAAAACAACAUACCUGUUCAUAACACUCCUAGGUCUCUUGCUGAGUGUUUAGAAAUAUUCAAAUCAAAGGGUGGUCCUUCCCAACUUACUGAUGAUGAAGUGAUGUCUCUUGUUGUCUCAAAACAUAUUCCUGCCUAUAAAUUAGAAGCAGUAAUGGGAGAUAUGGAAAGGAGUGUAUUGAUUCGCAGAAAAUUAGUAUCAUCUUGUCUACCUGAUAAAGAGUCACUGGAAAAUUUACCUUAUUCUGGAUAUGAUUAUAAACAUGUAGUUGGAGCCUGCUGUGAAAAUGUAAUAGGUUAUCUGCCAAUGCCAGUUGGUGUAGCUGGGCCACUGCUUCUUGACAAUGAAGAGUAUUAUGUGCCGAUGUCUACAACUGAAGGUUGCCUUAUUGCCAGCACAAAUAGAGGCUGCAGAGCUUUGAUGAUGGGUUCGGGUGUUCACAGCAAUGUAUUGGAUGGUGGUAUGACAAGAGCACCUGUGGUUAGGAUGCCUACUGCUUCCAGAGCAAUUGCUCUUAAGUACUGGCUCGAUACGUCUGAUAAAUUUCAAGAUCUCUGCUCCGUCUUUAAUAUGACUAGUCGUUAUGCAAAGUUGCAAUCUGUACAUACUGCUGUAGCUGGGAGGUUAGUGUAUAUUAGAUUUAGAGCAACUACUGGAGAUGCAAUGGGUAUGAACAUGCUGUCAAAAGGAGUGGAGAAAGCUUUAGAGUACCUCCAUGAACAAUUUUCGGAUAUGGAUAUAUUGAGUCUGAGUGGAAAUUAUUGUACAGAUAAGAAACCUUCUGCAGUGAAUUGGAUAGAAGGCAGAGGAAAAUCUGUUGUAUGUGAUGCAACAAUACCAGCAGAUGUUGUUGAGAAAGUUUUGAAAACAUCUGUCGAUUCUCUAAUUGACCUUAAUGUCAGUAAAAACUUAGUUGGAUCAGCUAUGGCAGGAUCAAUUGGUGGAUUUAAUGCUCAUGCAGCUAAUAUAGUAUCUGCUGUCUUUAUUGCUACUGGUCAAGAUGUUGCACAGGUGGUGGGUAGUUCAAACUGCAUCACACUAAUAGAAAAGACCGGUCCUUCCAACAGUGAUCUCUACAUCAGCUGCACUAUGCCUUCUCUUGAAGUUGGUACAGUUGGUGGUGGCACUUUCUUGCCACCUCAGUCGUCAUGUCUUAAAAUGUUGGGAUUAAAUGGCUCGUCAGUUGAAGGUAAACCUGGAGAUAAUUCAUCUCUUUUGGCACGAGUGGUUUGUGGUACUGUCUUGGCAGGGGAACUGUCUUUAAUAUCUGCUCUAGCUGCUGGUCACUUAGUUAGGAGUCACUUAACUAUGAAUAGGUCAAAAGUUAAUCUGUUGCCUCAUGAUAACCAGAGAAAUUGAAAUGUCAUCAUUGCUGUUACAUGUAUUAUCUAUAAUGUACUUUGUAGCGGGUAUUUUUCUUAUUUUUAUUUAUUUCAAAUUUCAUUAAAAUUAAUUAUGUUGUUUUAAAUUUAAA